AUGACCGCCAAACCAAGUAAAAUCUUCACCAAAGUUCGGGGCACCCAAGAUAUUUUGCCUCAUCAAGCAAUCCUUUAUCAGCGAAUUCAACAAAUUACCCAAAAUAUUCUCAAUAAGGCUGGUUAUCAACCAAUUAUUUUACCUACUUAUGAAUACCAAGCCUUAUUUACUACUUCGGUGGGCGAAAGCACCGAUAUCGUCCAAAAAGAAAUGUUUACUUUCCGAGACCGUAAAGGACGACAAUUAGUUUUACGCCCCGAAGGAACGGCGAGCGUGUUAGGAAUAGAGUUGAUUAAUGCUACGGGAAUAAUGGCCGAAGGGGAAUUAUUGGGACUAAUUAAGCAAAUUAUACAGGCUUUUGGUUUAGAAAAAAAUACUGCUCAGCAGCUUUGUUUAGAUUGCCAAAAGCGUUAUCAACUUAAUCCGCUGCGGAUUUUGGAUUGUAAAAUUUGCCACUUAGACAACCCUCCUUCCUACCAAAAAUUAUUAACGGAAAAUGAUUUAAUUUAUUUGACCGAACUGAGCAAAAUUUUAAAUAAUUUAGCAAUUAAUCAUAAAUAUGAUGAAUACUUAGUGCGGGGGUUAGAUUAUUACACAGGAAUAGUUUUUGAACUUUCUUUAAUUGCCGACCAGCAAGUUAUUUUAGGCGGGGGGCGCUACGAUAAUCUUUUUCAACAAUUAGGAGGGGUUGACUUGCCCGCUACUGGAUUGGCCUUGGGAGUUGACCGCUUAGUUAAUCACCUAUCGCAGGCCGAAAAGUGA